GUGGUAGCGUGGAGCGAAACAAACAUGGCGCCGCGAAAGUGAGGAAAAAUCUACUUAUAACGCUUUUAAAUAUUAAUUUAUCCGGGUUGAGGUUUCUGGGCCUCCCCUGUCAGUUGGUGCUCCAGGCUGGAUGAUCCCACACUUACAUGAGAGGAAGAAGAGGACACUCUUCAUCGUCAUCAUCAGUGACUCGACAGCAGAGCAGGAUGGCUCUGAGGAAGGAGCUGAUCCCGGACAUCUCUGUUGACAACCAGCAACAAGAUCAAAGCACAGAGGAGGUUAGAGCCUCUGCCAACUCGGAUAGCAGGGAUGAGCUCCCAUCUUUACUUCGUUCAACAUCCUCGGCACGCGAGAAACGACGGAAGGAGAGGGAUAGCCAAGUCGAACAAAAAGAGAUGACGGAGGAGGAGAUGAUGGACCUGGCCUUGCAACUAAGCAAACAGGAAGCCAGCAAUACAGCACUGAGACAGCAGCGGGAGGAUGAGGAUGUGAUGAAAGCCAUUCAGGAGAGUAUGGUAAGCCAGAAAAAACCUUCUCUGAAAUCUCCAAAUAAAUCGCUGCUUGGUGCCGCCUCCACAAGUUUAGGCUCUCGCCGAAAACUCUCAUACACCAAUGGAGAGAAGCUGCCACAAGAGGGCGACAUGAACUCAGGAGAUGAAACUAUUACCAGUAGUAAAAAGCAGAAAAGAAGUACAGAUAGUUCUCUGCUUGAGAUGCCAGAUUUGUCUCAGACUCAGAACCUUUCCUGCCAGAAUUCGCUCUGCAGCCCUGAAUCGUUCUCACUCAAUCUGGACUCUCCACAGAGCUCAGACUCAACUCAUAUAGAUGACUCCCAGCUCCAGAUGUCUCCAGUCUUUCCACUGACCGGCUGCAAAGCCGAGGUCCACAUCAAGCGGUUAAACGGGGAUCUAGUAGAAACAUGUAAAACCUCUGGGUUUGUCAUGUUUUCUGAGGACAGUAUUCCUUCGACUCAAAAUUCUGCUCAGCCCAAAAGCCCAGUAUUUCCACAGAGUAACAGAGUAUCUAGUCCCAAAAGUCCUGUGUUCUUAGAAGAUGAAGAGGGACAUGGAGGAGAGUCAGAGCAGAGCCCCAAGUUUGUUAAAAGUCAAAUUUAUGGCAGGACUGCAGAGCAUGAGACGUCUCCUAAUGCCUCUGAACCCCCUGCGUGUGAAAACGAGGAGUUUGGCUUCUCCUCUCAGGAGAGUUUUAUCCCCACUUUAAGGUCUUGCCCUCCCCAGAGCCCUGUUUUCCCUAAAACUCCCUCGGAUAUGUUAGCAAUCAAUUCAGACACUGAUCAAGAACCUGCUGAACGGGGAGAUGAAUGCUCAGUGAGCCCAGUGUUUGGAUCGACGGAAGCACAGAAGACUGAGCUGCAGGAAAAACCAGGAGAGGUUCGAGGUUCUGAGCAUGAUCAGAAUAUCCCCGAUUGCAGGAAGGACAGAAAGUCUAAUGGCUUUCAAACAGCUGAGUGCAACAGACCUUUAUCUGAGUCAGAAGUGAAUGGAAUAUCCGAAGGCUGUAAUUCUGCUGAGAAAGAGGUGACAAGCGAUAUGACAUUGGUCUGGUCAGAAGAGGAUGACGAUGAUGAAACGCCAGUUGUCUCUCCUAGCCCCGUGUUUGCUGAGCAGGAGAAAGUUGUUCCAAGAGUGAGCCAGCCUGGAUCCUCCGUGAAUGACGUGUCAGAGGCUGGGCAAAAGUGCAGCCAGCAGCCAUGUUGCACCUCAGGGCAGGAGCUCUAUCCUGUGAGCAGACAGGGAGUCACCAGGGAGUCACCACCACCUAGAGAAUCAUCAGGCGACCAGAUGAUUCACUACUACUGGGGGGUUCCCUUCUGUCCAAGAGGCCUGGACCCAGACACAUACACCCAGGUGAUCGUGGCUCAGAUGGAGGUUUAUGAGAAGAGUUUGAAACAAGUUCAAAGGGGCCUACUGAGGAAGGCUGAGUGGGGGAAGGCUAUCCAGCCAGAGCCAGAGAAGUCACUGUCCCCUGAAGCACCUGCUGAAUCACCCCAGUCUGGUCGUCCUCGGAGGAGAGGCCUCAGACUGAGAAGCAGCAAAAGGAGCAAAGCCCCUGAAUUUGACGAGGAAGAAGAGAAGAGAGAUGAUGAUGGAGAACAGGAACAGCAAGGAAAGGAGGAGGAUGAGGAGCAGAAGGACGGCGAUGAAGAACAGAUGGAUACUGACGACUGUGAGGUUUGUCCAGAAACUCAACUGAGCGACAACGACGGCACGACAGAGCUUUCCUUGGUGACCGACCAUGAAACACAGGUCAGCUCCCUGCCAAAAGCUAGAAAAAUAUCAGUAAUGAGGUUAAAUUUGGAGGUAGUGACUCCUUACUAG